GAUUUGCGCAUGCCGGGGAUAGAGCGUUACGCCCAAGCAAGCUCAGCCCCUCCCAGAGCAGUCGCCGCCCCGGCGGUCAUUGCCGUACCCUGGAAAGGCUGACUGGAAACACGGUAAGCAUUUUAUUGGUCCCUUGUUCCUGGUUAUUUCAUUUCGGACCGCCCAAAGAUAAAGACCCUUGACGUGACUAACACCAUCCACAACUUUUUUUUUGAAGUUUGUUCACGAAGUGUACGGGUGCACCAUGGUGGAUGUGAGCUAGACCCAAAAGCGAUGCGGGUUUGCAUCGACCGUUUAUGACUCUUGCAACGCAUCUUUUCUUGUUGUUCGACAAUCUCCCACCCCUCCCCCCACUUGAGGUCCACCCACCCUUGACCCUUCCAAAGCCUGGCCGAGUUGGCAAUCCGCGAUUCCCGCACUACACAGGGAGAAGAGGUGACUCGCCCACACGUCAGCCAGCGCCCGACGAUCCCUACGACCUUUUCGGAACAAAUUCUUCUCAGUGGGCUAUAGCAAGGCUAGCAAAGGCGCCUCUCCAUCUUCAGCCCCCUUCCGCAUAAGGCCUGCCCCACGCGACUCCCAGCCUAGGAGAACAAUAGAAAUUCCGUUGCCACUUGACGGUAACACGCCGCAUUGUCACCCGCCAGGCGGAAUCGCAGAGGACCAUCAAGUGCAGAGCAGAGGCCUGUGCUUAUCAGGACCAAAGUAACGUCCAAUCUUUCAGGAUAGCAGCAUACGCAUAGUCUAGGCAACCAAGGCGAGAAAGGACAAAGAGUAUCCUUUAAAGACUCGCACUACACCGACAUUCCCCACGUUGGCCGAGAUUGUCCCCUCCCUUGACUCUUUCCUACGCCAAACAUCGCUACCGCCUUUCGACAUCCCUUGUUUCCCAUCGCCUGCCAGCUCCCUCGCUUCCCGCCCCAUCAUCCUUCACCCCUGACCCCGGGCGCUUGUGUAACAUUCCGCUACGCAGUCCCGUGCGACCCACAUCCAUAAAGGGCCACGACGCCAGUCAAUUUGGAACGCUGUCCUGGUGCCGCAAGAUCAUUGACAAGGACGACAGCAAUCCGGCGGAUAAUUGAUUGUUGUCAGGAGAACGCCAGCACUGGAAACGCGUGGACAGAGUGGAGGUACACAACGCUGUACAGCACCAACACGGACGCAGUCCCCUCGUUGGCCUUGCUACGUUGAAAGGGUUGUAUUCAGGGGACAGCCGGUGCAGACAAUCGAGUUUCGGGUUCGAGUGCAUCCGAUCAAUCAACAGGAAGGAGCGUCCAGCCCCGUGCACAUUAGAGUCGUCUUCUGCUAUAUAUACCACACCCCCCCUCCCCCCCGCCUUCCAUUUCUCCUCUGCCUCUCCAUCUUUCCGCCACCCGCUCACGUCCAUCCCGCCCUCAGCCCGCCCGUUCCGCCAGCCCCCACCCGCGCCCAUGUCCACCGACUGUCUACCCUCCGCCACCUCAUCCGCCACAUUCCCCACCCUCACCACUCCUCCUUCACUCCAGAACGACCUCGUGUCUGUCAUCCGUCGCUCCUCAGGCAUCGAACCCGACCACCUCGACCCGCUCAUGGCGGAAGGGUCGCACCCGAGCCUUCCUUUGCCGAGCUCGCACAAUUUCCUACCAUACCUUCCGUCAUCCACACUCGACCAGUAUCAUUUCCCUGCCAAGCGGCCUUUAUCACCACGUACAUCCCGCCGCGCAGGCUCUCCUCUCAAACAGUCCCUGCCCGCUCUUUCCGUCUCGCCUGAAAUCGGAAGACCGAGAAAGAAGAGCAAGAUUAUGGACAUGAACAUGGCCAGAAGUGGGUCUCUGGCGGCGCUGCCUGGUAUUCAAACACCCUUGGCGACUUAUGCUGCUCAAAUGGUCGUAUGGCUCUGGUACGGCCAGUUUCAAACUCAACCGCCUUCCCCCAUGUCGCCCUCCACCCCAAGCUCCAUCCCUAUCGAUCCAUUCGACCCAAACAUCCAGCCCCAACGUAUAUCCCAGCUCAUGGUCCAACCUUCUCCCGAGUUUCACAAAUUCGCUGCGAGGUUACUCCAAGUCACUAUGGUGUCGCACAGCGUGACGCUCGUGUCCUUGCUGUAUGUUUACCGACUGAAGACAAGAAACACGUUUUUCUCGACGCCUGGAAGUGAGCACCGACCGUUUGUGGCGGCCUUGAUGCUGGCAAACAAGUACUUGGAUGACAACACGUACACCAAUGCUACCUGGUCCGAGCUUGCCGGCAUCACCCUCUCCGAAAUCAAUCAAAUGGAGACCGAAUUCCUCGCUGGUCUUGGGUAUGAGCUGGGAGUUGAGCUGGACGAGUAUGAGCGCUGGAAGAUGCUCUUGGACGAGUUCAUGAAGUCUCGAGGUCCUGGGGGUUCCAUGUCUCUCAGUCGACGACAAGCCUCGCCUUUCGGCGCUCACACCAUCUCCACGCCAUCCUUCUCUUCCCGCGCACGCUCUGCCUCGCCCAUCAGGCUGCCUCAGCCGUACGAGCCUAGCGGCAGGAAGAGGUCAGCUGCAGACGCCUUCCAGGUCGAUACCGUCCCACCUCCUUCGAGUGGGCAUCGUAUGCUGCGCGGACCCAGCAACAACUCUCAGGCUCCGGUGGUUUCGAGAUCGCGCCCAGUAUUGUCCAGGGAAAACUCGAGUUCGUCACUCGCCAGGUCUGCUUCUUGGAACCGCCAGCUCGCACGCCUGCCUUCGCAUUAUGCCCGUCGAGGCUCUGCUGGGCAUGUGUAUCCUACUCCGAGCGAGCCGAUGCAGUAUCAACAGCCGUCCUGCUACGGCCAGCCGGUGCCUGCUAGCAUGCAGCAUGACUGGGACGGUGGACGAGCUUUGCUUGCGCCUUACGAUGAAAACUUGCCUCAGCCUCAGCUUGUGCCUCAAGAGCAUCUUAUGUUCUACUCUCUGGCCGCUGAAGCUCGCCCCGGCGUUGAUGGCCAACCUCGCAAAGCCAUCCUCCGCUACCAAGCGCCCACUCCCCAGCACCACUACGGUUAUCCGCAGUCUUAUCACGGCUACCAAGCCCCUCCACCCCCUUCUGAUGUCUCCAUGGCAGGCAGCGUUUCGCCCAUGUACCCAUUCCCCGCCCACACCCAAAGCUACACCCCCAAUCCUUACGCCACAUCUCACUGGUCCUCGCCCAUGGACAUGCCCCCUCAACCCGAACCCGCGCAGUUCGCAAACGCAGGCCCGCCUGGCUAUGCGUACAACCCAUACGCACCAGGUUCUGACGCGUGGAACGGGGGUGGUGGGGGCAUGGCGGCAGGGUGGGCAAGGGCCUCGGAUGGGAUGGUGUACUAUCAUCAAGGGCAUCCUGCCGGGUACCCACCCAUGACUUCCCGAAGCCAGUGGUCCAGCCCGAUUCCUCGCUACCAGUAGAGGGUCGGUAUCUCAUUCAUUUCGGCCUUACAAAGUUUACCAUUUCGUUGUUUGUAAUACUAUAACUACGAUUUCCAUCUGUCUGUCCCCCAUGAUUUUAAAAGCAUUUCCAUACACAAUAGUAAUCAGCAUUUUUCACACGCAAAUUCACGUAGUGUAGGCAUUUUCAUCUUUUCAAGUAUUUACAACAAAGUAUAAAUCCUGUAACAUAUCUCUGGUUUUCUAGACUCUCCUAGAUCAGAGAGUACGGUGAUCAUGAAUCCCAAUGAACAGCAUGUAUGAAUAUGCACUGCA